AUGAAGCUCCAGCUCCCGAGUCUCCCGAGCGCCAGCGACCACAACUGGUCCGUGGCGCUGGCAGUGGCCCUCGCGCUGCAGGUGGUGCUGUACCGCGAGACGCUGCAAGACGCAGUGCGCGACGGCUGCAAGCGACUGCUCGUGUUCAAGACCAUGCACCGGCGCUUUGCCCACCAGCGCCUCAAGCGCCUCAACAGUUUGGGCGACGACCGCAAGUCGCAGUGGAUGUGGACAAAAGGCGCGCAGAGCGAUUGCCCCACAGUGGGACACCACACGGACGCGAGUACGGACGACGGCCUCAUCACGUCGCAGAAGAAGCUCGUGCUCGUGAUGGUGGGGCUGCCGGCUCGUGGCAAGAGCUUUGUCGUGCACAAGACGAUGCGGUACAUUGAGUGGCUCGGGUUUCCCACGCGCAUGUUCAAUGUGGGCGACGUGCGGCGUCGGUUGGGCAAAACGGGGGAGGGCGCUACGUUUUUCAGCCCCAGCAACGCGACUGCCACGCGGCUGCGGGAAGAGAUGGCGAUGGAUGCACUGGAGGAGCUACUGGACUGGAUCGAGACGAAGGGACACGUUGCAGUCUUUGAUGCGACGAACACGACCAAGUUGCGCAGGCACCAUAUUCUAGAAAAGGUGCGCUCGCACCGUAACGUGCGCGUCAUGUUUGUCGAGAGCAUUUGCGACAACGAGGAGCUGCUGGAGGCCAAUUACCGCCGCAAGCUAUUGAAUGCUGAUUAUAAGGACAAGGACCCGGAAGUGGCGCUUGCGGACUUUCGACAGCGCGUGCAGGAGUACGAGAAAGUGUACGAAACCGUUGAGGACAGUGAGGACGGUGGCCAGGCGUGCUACGUCAAGGUGUACAAUGCCGGCGAGAAAAUCCAGGCGCGGUACUGCCAAGGCUUUUUACAAAGUCACGUUGUGUCGCUCUUGCAAAAUAUCCACUUGAGACCGCGUCGGAUCUGGCUGGUUCACCCAGGCCCAAGUGUUACGAGCUGCAAUGGUAUCCUCGGACUCGACUCGGAGCUGUCGGCGGAUGGACACCGUGUGGCGCGUGCCAUUACGCGCUUUGUCGAGAAGCUCGAGCUCGAACGACCGAUGGAAGUGUGGACAAGUCCCAUGAGGCGCUCGAGAGAAACGGCAGCUUACCUCCCAACCUGCAACUUGAAGCGCUUUGUGACUACCACGCUGCUUAACGAGCUAGGAGGCGGUGACUUUGAGGGUCUCACAUACGAGGAGAUUGAGCGCUUCUACCCGAAACACUACGCAGCGCGCUUGCAAGACAAACUGCGCUAUCGUUACCCCGGUGUAGGUGGAGAAAGCUACGUGGACGUGAUCUCGCGCCUGCGCUCGCUGAUCGUAGAGUUUGAGCGCAAAAAGCGUGACGUGCUGGUGAUUUGCAGUGAUUCGAUCUUGCGAUGCCUCAUGGGCUAUUUUGCCGGGUGCGAGGCGGCCAAGGUACCAUAUCUGGAGUCGUACAAAGACACGGUCAUUGAACUGAACCCGCACCGGGACGGUUGCGACAUCAAGCUCAUUCCGCUCGAAUUCGAGGAGGACGUGGUAGAGAAUGUCACUACUGUCGGAUAA